AAAGAAGCAAGCACACAGUGCAUCGCACCAUCGGCAGGAACCUUUCUGACCCUCUGCUACCACAGGGCUCGGCCGCUGUCAGGAUGGGCUGGUUGAGCGCACUCUUGCUCCUCACGGUCAUUGGGGAAGUUUGGAACCUUUCUUGCCUAUGGACACGCAAGUCGACGCAGAGUGGUCUGUGCCGAGCCGAACUGGCUGAGAACAUCGUCUAUGCCAAGGUGUUGGCCGUCUACAAGAAGAAAGCCAUUACCCACAGCGAGUUUAUCAUCCCCUCCAUCUUUCCAGAACCGUAUUCGGCGGAGAUGGAACUGUUGUGUAACCCAUCUUCGCACAGUUGGCAGUUGGGGGCGACUGGGACCAGGUUUAACCUGACUGGAUUGGGCAUCGCCGAUUGUCGCAGUUACUCCCUCAACGUCAUUGAAAACAACACCUAUUAUUUCUUCGUCAGGAGGGAUGAAAAUGGCAACUUGGUGCCACAUGAAGUCAAUGAACAGGAUCCAAUUUUCUCUGACACACCCGAAAACAAGCAGAUGUUCUCUAGCAUCGUCCAGUUCUCCAACUGUGUCAGCGGCACCAAUCUUCCGACCUACUCACCCGAGUUGGAACAGCAAGAGGAUAAUCAGCCCCCCUGCUCAAUCGAGCAGAUGGCCCUUUACGAGAAGGUAGACCAGGUGCGGAUGCUCAACCAGAAAGUGAAGUCUCUGGAGAAGUCCAUCAACCAUCUGCGUGAGAAGGUGAAGGGAACUAAACGCUCACUCAGGCAGGUGAAGAAAGAAAGCUCAUGAACAGCAGCAGAACAAGGAAACAGGAAAUUUGAACGCACUGGCAAACCGAUCCUGAAACCACUGAAGAAACCAGUCAACCACAAUCUGUAACGUUGCAGACUCACUGGUUGUAAUGGUCUGGAAUUUAGAGUUGAAAUGCUUCCAUGCAUUUCACAUGGAAACUACAUAAACUUUAACAGCAAUCUAUUCUCAGUAACAUUGUAGUUGUGUGAACUAGAAAAGUAUAGUUGUGUAGCUUGGCUUUCACAUUUGCGUUAUAUUUCUCAGCCAAUUUAAGUUUAUUUUCUGUUUAUAGCAAGAGUAAUUGAGUUUAGAUAGAAGCAAGUUGAAACAGGCAUGGGACCCAAUGCAGAAAACUGGUGGAAACUUCCCUACAGUGAUUGGCAAGUUGGCAAAACUUUGGCAAGAUUCCAUAGGGAAACAAUGUUGACGUGUAAAAUAGAACAGACUGUACCAGGGCAGGAAUUCAUGAUGUAUUGGGAGGAAACAUUUAUUAGUAAGAGCAACUUUUACACAGUCCUGUCUACACUUUAGUGACCAGUUCAGUAUUUAAAGCUAAACUAAAUGGUUUGUUAAAUUUAUUCUCUAGCUCCGUCAUUGAUGGCCUCACUUCAUUGGAAGUUGAAUCAAAUCCAUCAGUUUGGUUCAUUCUUUGGAAACAUUUUAAAUUCAUGGAU